AUGCCUGGCCCGCCAACCAACUGGUCACACCAUGCUGAUCUUCUCAGAGAUUUAGGGCAUGGGCCACCGUGGCGAGCGAGCCCGGACAUUCUGGAUGAUUUGGAGCAGGAGCAGCUUGCCUCGAUGAGAGUCCACGAGACUCUUUAUCGGCGCGUGAUGCACCUCCGUACCCCAGAGAUUCGAAAGCUGCAAGACGCAGACUACAUGAGAGAGCACGGCUACUCUGUGCUCGCCUGUCCGUUGAGCGAAGACUUGCCCUUCUCGGGCCAGGGCUCCUUACGAGGGCAUGUUGCAUGGGUGUACUCGGAGCCGCGGCAAGAGAAGCGCCUCUGGCCCGCUCUGCAAAGUAUCGGCAUCAACUUGGAGGAUUUCCAUGUGGUUGAAGUCAAGCCGGACUCUUGUUCUAGUUUCGAGGCAGAGCUGUUCCUCACUUCUGGUCCUGUCUUCCGCUGGGACACGGAUGUGCACAGUCCCACAGAGGAGAGCACUGCAGUUGUCAUGUCCAGCUGUUGA